UCUGUUCACUUACAGUCGCUGCUUUCAUUCCCAUGUCCACCAAUUAGGAAGGAAGCGAAGUUCCAUCAUUUUCCUAAUUUAGAUAACAUUGCAGAAAACCCAGAAUUUCUCAGAUCCGAAUCUCUCUCUAUCUCUCGAUUCCUCCACCUCCCUCUCUUUCUCUCUCUCUCUCUCUCUCUCUCUCUCUCUCUCUCUCUCUUUGUUUCUAUCCAUGGAAUGACCUCUCUGCCUUGACCUAUUGUGAAUCUAGGAGCUACUUGUUUGGAAGGAGGACACUCUUGUUUAAAAGUCAUCAAAAUCUUCAUAGGCAAUGAGGGGAAGAUCAGAUGGAGGUCAAAAGAAACGGGUGAUCGCCUUGGUCCUCGUUGUGGCAGUAUUACUUGUUUUUGUGUAUCUGUACUUUGGCUCCUCUAACCAGGGGGGCUCGGCUCUUGAAUAUGGGAGGAAACUUGGGUUGGGUGGGGAUGAAGAUGACACCAAGCAGGAUGAUACUUCUGGCACUUAUGGUCUUGAAGAUGGAAACGAUGGUUUCACCCCCAAAAGUUUUCCUGUUUGUGAUGACCGGCAUUCAGAACUCAUUCCUUGCUUAGACAGGAAUCACAUAUACCAAAUGAGAUUGAAGCUGGACUUGUCUCUGAUGGAGCACUAUGAACGCCACUGCCCUCCUCCUGAAAGACGGUUCAAUUGCUUGAUUCCUCCUCCACCGGGAUAUAAGGUUCCAAUUAAGUGGCCGAAGAGCAGAGACGAAGUGUGGAAAGUGAACAUACCUCAUACUCAUCUUGCUCAUGAGAAGUCUGACCAAAACUGGAUGGUUGUCAAAGGAGAAAAAAUCUUUUUCCCUGGUGGAGGCACUCAUUUUCACUAUGGGGCUGAUAAAUAUAUUGCUUCCAUGGCAAAUAUGCUCAACUUCCCGAACAACGUAUUGAACAAUGGAGGACAAUUAAGGACAGUUCUUGAUGUUGGCUGUGGUGUUGCAAGCUUUGGAGGUUAUCUUCUCUCAUCGGAUAUCAUAGCGAUGUCCUUAGCACCGAACGAUGUGCAUCAGAACCAAAUCCAGUUUGCCCUUGAGAGAGGCAUUCCUGCAUAUCUUGGCGUAUUAGGGACAAAGAGGCUUCCUUACCCGAGUCGGUCAUUUGAACUUGCUCACUGUUCUCGUUGCAGAAUCGAUUGGCUUCAAAGAGAUGGGAUUCUUCUUCUCGAGCUAGACAGGCUGCUCAGACCUGGUGGCUAUUUUGCAUAUUCAUCUCCAGAAGCUUAUGCACAAGAUGAAGAAGAUCUCAGAAUAUGGAGAGACAUGAGCGCUCUUGUCGGACGUAUGUGUUGGAAGAUUGCAGCAAAGAGGAAUCAGACUGUGAUUUGGCAGAAACCUUUGUCAAACGAUUGUUAUAUGGAAAGAGAACCUGGAACUCAACCUCCUCUUUGCCGGUCUGAUAACGAUCCAGAUGCUCUGUGGGGUGUACCCAUGGAAGCCUGCAUCUCUCCAUACUCUGACCAUGACCACAAGACCAAGGGAAGUGGAUUGGCACCGUGGCCAGCUCGUUUGACCUCUCCUCCUCCUCGGAUUGCUGACUUUGGCUACUCGAGUGACAUGUUUGAAAAGGAUACGGAACUCUGGAGACAGAGAGUAGAAGUUUAUUGGGAUCUUUUGAGUCCCAGAAUUCAAGCAGACACUCUGAGAAACAUUAUGGACAUGAAAGCAAACAUGGGUUCAUUUGCUGCUGCGCUGAAAGAAAAAGAUGUUUGGGUGAUGAAUGUUGUUCCUGCAGAUGGACCUAACACUCUUAAGCUUAUAUAUGACAGAGGCUUAAUCGGUGCCGUCCAUAAGUGGUGUGAAGCAUUCUCGAUAUACCCGAGAACCUAUGAUUUACUCCAUGCUUGGGACACGAUUUCCGAUAUCAUGAAGAAAGGAUGCAGUGGUGAGGAUUUACUGCUGGAGAUGGACCGAAUGCUCCGUCCAACGGGUUUCAUUAUCAUCCGAGACAAACAGUCGGUGGUGGACUUUGUGAAGAAGCGGCUCACGGCUUUGCACUGGGAAGCUGUGACAACAAAGAUAGCCUCGGACUCGGACCAAGACCCGGAAGGAGAUGUCAUAUUCAUUGUCCAGAAGAAGAUGUGGUUGACGAGUGAAAGCGUCAGAGAUAUGGAAUGAGGGGGCCAGAGCCUUUCAGACAUGGACACAAGACAAAAGCUGUUUAAAAUUUCAGUUCAGUCUUCUUCUUCUUUACAAUUCUAUUAUGCUGUCUGUAUGAUUUUGGUAGAGAUGAUUGAUACAAUGCAAAGAUGGAUAUACAAAGCAUAUUCUUUGGCUUUCUCAA